GAGAUCGGGAAAUAUAAAACAGAAAUUAGUGGCUUGCUUAUAGUUUCCAAUUUCCACUCGUCACCACCACCACCACACCACCUCUCUCAAUUCUCCUCUCUCUCUAUCUGUUUCAUUUCACUCCGACUCUUUCCUCCGUCGAUCGCUUUCUCAUCCACCCACCCUCUCCUCCCUCUCUCCCUCUCUCUCUCUCUGGCCACCAUGAGUAAGGGACCGGAGAUCUUCGCCAAUAUCGGAAAGAAGGCCAGAGGUUCGUCAUUCUUUUCUCAGGUCUUAACCCCUUUUGUAUCUGAAAUUGCAGAUCUGUUGACGGCGGGAUACAGCUCCGAUCAGAAAUUCACCGUCUCCACCUACAGUGGCCCCGUCGGAGUUGCUCUCACUUCAACAGCUUCUAACAAGGGUGGACUCUCCACGGGAGAUAUUGGUGUCGUGCACAAGUACAAGAACCACAUAUUCGAUGUGAAAGUCGAUACGCUAUCUAAUAUUGCAACCACCCUCACAUUCAGUGAUAUCCUUCCAUCAACAAAGGCAGUUGUUUCAUUUAAGUUGCCUGAUUAUAACUCUGGCAAGUUGGAGGUUUUAUAUUCCCAUCACCAUGCAACUUUCACCUCUGCUGUUGCCUUGCACCAACAGUCUCCAGCAGUUGAUGUUUCAGUCACUGUUGGUACUACAGGCAUUGCGUUUGGCGCUGAAGCAGGGUACAAUACUACUUCUGGUAGUUUCACCAAGUACACUGCUGGGAUUAGCAUAACAAAGCCAGAUGCCUAUGCUUCAGUUAUUUUGGGUGACAAGGGUGAUACCAUCACUGCUUCAUACACUCACCAUCUGGACGAGUCGAAGAGAAGCGCAGCUGUGGGUGAGAUCAUGAGAAGGUUUUCGACCAAUGAGAAUACUUUCACUGUUGGUGGCUCACAUGCCAUUGACCAUUUGACACUGAUCAAGGGAAAGCUGAACAACCAUGGGAAACUUGCAGCACUUCUGCAGCAUGAAGUAAUACCGAAGUCACUGAUGACCAUCUCUGGGGAAAUCGACACCAAGGCCUUGGAGAAACAUCCCAAGUUUGGCGUGGCAAUUGCUCUCAGGCCUUGAUCGAUCUCUUCGGGGACAAAAAGUUGUUUCGAAAUUCGAUUCCACAUUGUUUGGAGAACUUUUAUUUUGGGUUAGCAUCUCUUUUCCAGUCUCAUGGACGGGGCACUUAAAGGAAGUGUGAAUAAGUAGUUCCACAGGUUUUGCUAGGAUUUGAAGUUGCUGUGGAUAGACACUUUUGAUGCACCCGGUCUCUUGGACGAUUGAGAUAUUUUUCUAUGUUCCUCAUUCGUAAUGUCUUUUGAAUUAUGAAUUUGAGUACAUCAUCAAGUUAAGUUGGGAGAAUUCAAAUUUCAUGCUUGUAAAAAAUUUUCCAGGUAAUUUGAAUCAAGGGUUUCGAAAUGAGGAAUUUGGAUUCAAAUAUCUCAUUUUGAAAAGGUCAAACAUCGUAUAUUUGGAUUUUCAAUGGAGAAAACGAAAGUACAGUUGUCAUCCUCCCCCUCUCGAAUUUAUGGGCAAAAUCUUUACUUCAUCCUUUUCAAUU